UGCGCGGGUGCGGCACCCGGAAGUCGGCGGCGGCGGAGGCGGUGAGUGAGCGGCGGGUGGCUGGGGCUAGCAGUCUGCGCUCCUGGCGGGGCUGACCCACGGUCGGGCUCCGGGCUCUUGGAACGCGGUCUGGACCAGACCUCGUGACCGUGCGAGCAAAGCCACCCCUGCAACCCAUGUGCAUCAUCUUCUUUAAGUUCGAUCCUCGUCCCGUUUCCAAAAAUGCGUACAGGCUCAUCCUGGCAGCCAACAGAGAUGAAUCCUACCACAGGCCGUCCAAGUUGGCAGACUUCUGGGAGAACAACAGCGAGAUCCUCAGUGGGCUCGACAUGGAAGAAGGCAAGGCAGGAGGAACAUGGCUGGGCAUCAGCACACGCGGGAAGCUGGGGGCACUCACCAACUACCUACAGCCCCGGCAAGAGCCAGACGCCCGCGGCAGAGGUGAACUUGUGUCUCACUUUCUGACCAGUGACAUGGACAGCCUGUCCUACCUGAAGAAGGUCUCUACAGAGGGGCACCUAUACAACGGCUUUAACCUCAUAGCAGCUGACCUAAGCACAGCAAAAGGAGAUGUUGUUUGCUACUAUGGAAACCGGGGGGAGCCUGAGCCUAUUGUCUUGACACCAGGUGAGCCUGCUUUGGUGUCUAGACAGGGUAGGGACUGCUCCUAUGUUGGAAAUACUAUGUGCCACCUGUGGCCUCUGCAUGGCCAGGCUGACCUUCUCCCUAUAGGAACCUAUGGGCUAAGCAAUGCCCUGCUGGAGACGCCCUGGAAGAAGCUGUGCUUUGGCAAGCAACUCUUCACGGAAGCAGUGGAGCGGAGCGAGUCACUCCCUAAGGACAUUCUUGUCACCCAGCUCCUAGAAGUCCUCAACAAUGAGGAGGCACAGCUGCCAGACCCAGCCAUUGAGGACCAGGGCCAGGAGUAUAUUCAGCCAAUACUGAGCAAGUAUGCAGCUGUGUGUGUCCGCUCUGCCACCUAUGGCACCAGAACCAACACCAUCAUCCUUGUGGAUGCAGAUGGCCAUGUGACCUUCACAGAACGAAGCAUGCUGGACAAAGACACCUCCUGCUGGGAGACCAACACCUAUGAGUUCACACUACAGAGUUAGUCACUGCCAGGCUCCUAAGGGCCAGCAUGGACAGGAACCUUUGGUGGCCACCCUGCAUGUCUGGCUCAGCCAGCAUCCCUAGGACCAGGUCCUUCUGAUCUGUGUCCUCGUAUUCAGCUCAGGGUUUGUCUUUGUACCAAUGGAGAAUGGCAGAGUCAAAUACUAGGUCUGAGUUGGGCCUAGGUGUAUCCUAUGUGAACACACGUACCUUGGUCAGCCCCACCACUACUGUGUACACAGACACGUGCACCUUACUGAUGAGCAGGGUUAUGCCUCUCACCUCACAUGUUUGGCAAGUGGGUCUCUUCUUCCCUGGACAGGUAACAAAAGCAGACUUUUUUUUUUUUUUUAGAAACUGGAGACCCUGUAUUUGUUUGCGUUCAGUAGUUCCGUAUGCACAAGGACUCUGUGUGCAUUUGCUCAAUGCUGAGGUGUGGAACCUGGGAUCUCUUAGGCCCCUGCUUGCCCAGGACUGUGGGUUCUGAGCAAGACCAUUUCACCAAAUGGCUCACGCAGCCCCUGCCGUCUCUCACUGUCCGUGUUAUAAGCUGUACACCAUGGGAUGUGAACUCGAAUGUGCACAGUUGAUAAUAAAACUUUGAGGCUGGAA